AUGGUAGAAUGGACAUAUGCACAAACAUGUACUCUAAUCGAAGAACGAAGAAAUAGAAAUAUAGAGUACCAUAGCCACAGAAGAAAUCGAAACAUAUUUUGGAAUAGUAUUGCAAAUAGAAUCAACCAAGAGCAUAAUACUAAUUUUACUGGUUAUCAUUGUAAAGAAAAAUUUUUAAAUCUUGUUCAGAGUUAUAAUAGGCCUGAAGAUGAAUUCGAUAGAAUCCGUAUUCUUAAUACCUCAAACUAUAGGUGGAAUAGAGAUGUGGAAAAUAUAACACCAGUACCACCUAUUGAGGAAGUUGAGCAUGUAUUGAGUAUGAGAUCUUUCGUUAGACGAAUAAACCAGUCUCCAUCCAUUAUUAGUAGAAGAAGUCAAAGACAUUCACCAUAUCCUGGCUCACCCCAUGAUAACACUAAUAUAAACAACCCUGGUAUGAGAAAUUUUGAGCAAAAUAUUAGUGUUCCCUCACCUCCAAUUGAAACAUUAUCUUCCCAACCAUCACUUUACUCACGGGUCACAGAUGAAGCACAAAAUUAUAAUCAGAGCCAAGACAGUUCUAACUACGAAGUAGCUGUCUCCAGCAGUAAUCUAACACCUGAUUUGCUAAAUUUAUCCUUAUCACGAAAUGAAAAUGAUGCCAUUAUGCACGAUAUAGGUAGUCAACCACUCUUCCCGAUAAAUGAAGAGGAAAGAUAA